UGUCUUCAACAUCUUCAUAGAGAGAGAGACCUGUCUUCAACAUCUUCACAAAACUCACAAAUGGCUAGAAUUGUUGGUAUUUUUGCAUGCUUUGUGAUUGUUGUGAUGGAUAUCAUAGCAGGCAUACUUGGAAUAAGAGCUGAAGCUGCUCAAAAUCAGGUUAAGCAUCUGAGGCUGUGGUUACUUGAGUGCAAACAACCAAGUCAUGAAGCCUUCACCCUUGGGCUAAUUGCAGCCACACUGCUGGCUCUGGCUCAUAUUUUCGCUAACUUGCUUGGUGGGUGUAGUGUCUGUACUGAAGAAGAGAUUUCCAAAGCUUCCCCUAGCAAGCAAUGCUCACUCGCUUGCCUCGUCCUCACAUGGGUUUCAUUGGCUGUCGGAUUGGGCUUGUUGGUCAUUGGGACUAUGGCAAACAACAAGUCAAGAACUUCAUGUGGCCUCUCACACCAUAACUUUCUCUCUCUUGGGGGCAUUCUGUGCUUUGUCCAUGCUGGUUUUUCUGUUGGAUAUUACGUUACUGCCACUGCUUGAACUCACUGAUUCAGUGAAUGGACCAGGCAAGUAGCUUGAAGUUGGAGUUCACCAAUGUCUUUUUCAUAUUUUAAUAACUCUUGUGUCCGAGCCAGCUGCGCAGCUCGACUAAUUCGGGAGGUCCGAUCCCAUCUUUAAAGCUUCUUUUUCCUUAUUUCGCUUUUUUGGUAUCCUUCUCACCCUCCAUUUUCCGUUCUUUUUCUUUUGUAAUUUCGCAGUACGACUUUGUUUCCUACUUUUGACCUUUACGAAAAUGGCCAAAGUAGCUUUUGUAAUGACUUUCGGAAAUCGUAACAUUGUAAAUCUUUCUUUUUUUUGAACUUUA